GGCAGAUUGGACGGCUGAUCUUCCUCCUGACGGGAUAUGUGUUAGAAGCCGCCCGCGAUGGACCAGACGUUCGACUUCGGGAAAUACAGGUACAGCAGGUGCAUGACGACCGCCUUGUACGAUUCUCCCUCGCCUUGUGCCGCCUGGCUUGCAGGAACCAGAAGUUCAGCGCCGUCCUCAAGAAGAACCCUGGUGCGUGCCAAUGGCUGCACAACAGCCAGUGGAUCUCCCCUUCUCCACCCCCUGGCUGUGUGUGUAUGCUGUGGUGUGUGGGUGUCAGGCUAUGCCGACUGGGCCCUGGGAGUCCACGACCCAUCGCCCCCUCUGCAGGACUUCAUUCAGUACGUCAAGGCGGUGCAGGGCAUCCGUAGUGAUAGCGACGACGGGGAGAGUGGGGACGAGCCCGACAGCACGGCGGCCGACGGGCGGCAGAAGCUGCGAUUCACUCUGACGCUCAUGCUCAUGGACCCAAGGCACUUCGCUGUACGUCAGGGGAGAGAGAGAAUUCCGGGCAUAACGCACACGCAUGGCAUGGCCGGCUGGGUGUGGUGUUGUGUGUUGUGUGUCAGGUGGUAGAAGAGAUGACUGAGGAGGGUGUGCCCGUAGCGCCCCCGGCGGUAGUCCAAACUUUCCUGCAGGUGCGCACGGACGGACGGAUUGACAACACACACUCCACAACACACCUACCGCAAAUGGCCAAUCUGUCUGUCUGUUGGUCGCGCGUGUCUGUCUGUCAGUCGUUAAAGCCGCCCGAUAUGAAGGACGGCCACUGUCUGUUCCCCGUCGAGUGCCACAAAGAGAUUCACGCGGCCAUCACCAAGGCGCCAGUAGGUGCCUGGACUGAGCAACCGUGUUUGUGUGUGUGUGGGCAAGAUCUGACUGACCAUUACGCCUUUCUUUCUCUCCCUCUGUGUGUGUGGUGUGACGUGUCAGGGGUUCUCGCGUAAGUUGAAGCCGCUGCCGGCCUUCGUGACCGACACUCUCAGCAAGACGCGCAAGAGCAAGAAACAGGCAUGUGUCCAUCCAGACACAGACACAGGCACACUGAUGCCCCCAUACACACCACACCGACACAUCACAUCCACCUGUGUGUAUGUCAUGUGGUCCUCAUAUGUCAGCCCAUAGCGCCGGCGGCCAUCAAUGGUUUCCUCAACAACCUCUUAGAGCCACUGCGCAGCCACAUACGGCCAUAUCAAGUAGGUAGGGGGUUGUGAUUGGGCGACGCGACGCGCCAGACAGCCAAGGAUGUAGGAUAGUGUCAUGUUGGUCCUUCUUUCCUCUGUCUUGUGUCAGCGUGAUGGCGUACGUUUCGCUCUCCAGCACGGCGGGCGCGUGAUCUUCGGAGAUGAGCUGGUUACCAACACACACACACAUCCAUUGGUGCAUUCGUGUGUUUGUAUGUGUGUCUGUGUGUGUGUGCGUGUGUGUGAGUAGGGUCUGGGCAAGACACUGCAGGCGCUGGUGACGGCCGCGUACUUCCACACAGAGUGGCCCGUGCUCGUCGUGUGCCCCACUGCCAUGUGUGUAUGCUCACCUUCACCACCACAGCCAUCCAUCCAUCCCUGGUGAGUGUGCAGCAUGUUCCAGUGGCGCGACGAGGCCGUGCGCUGGCUGCCCCACCUGGUCAAAGCAAACGAGGUGACUCCCCCCCACACUCACAGAGGCCCUUGUGAUGUCCAUGUGUAUGUGGUUGAUUGGUUGUGUCGAUUGCUUCUUUAGGUGUGCGUCGUCGACGGUGCCAGCCAGGAGCGGCCGGACCGCCACGCCAAGAUCGUCGUCACGUCCUACUCGCUCAUCGGGGUGACCAAGAACGCCUUCCUCACCCGAACAGCCGACUGCAAGCCAUACAAGGUGAGGUGCGUUAGUUAGUGUGUCGAUGCGAUGCAGACCGCCUUGAUAGAUGGAUGGAUGGAUGGCUGGAUGGUGGAUGUGUGGGUGCAGGUAGUGAUAGCUGACGAGUCGCACUUCAUCAGAAAGAGCGACCGUGGGGCGGCUCACAAGCGCAUACAAGUGGUAUAAACAAGCGGACACAGCACAGCACGCCAAACCGCUACUCCGGCAUCCUCCCUCCGUGUGUGUGUGUGUGUGUGUUCAUGUCUGUGUGGGUGCAGCUGAAGCCGAUUCUGAAGAAGGCCGCCCGCUGCAUUCUGCUGUCGGGCGCCCCGGCGCUCAGCAGCCCUGACAAGCUGUUCGCACAGAUCGACGCCGUCCUCUUCCCCACCACACCCUCAAACAUGGAGCAAAAGGUCACUGUGACCCAUUCAGCACACCACCCACACACACACACACAUCCAUCUGUGUGUGUGUGUGUGUGCAGGUGGACAACUGGGACGAGUGGAAGUUUCGGUCUCGGUACUGCAUGAUGGAGAGGCUCGGGCACCGUCGGCCGGAUGAGAAUGGCAACUGGCGGCAGGAGGAGUUCUGCGAGGGCGCCAAACACACACACGAACUGCGCGCAUGGCUCGCUGACCGGGUGGGUCGGUGGGUGGGUGAGUGCGGGCGUCCACAGGCCGUGUGUGUUGUGUUGCAUGUCGGCACUCUCUCUCUGUGUUGUGUGUGUGACUGUCCACAGGUCAUGGUUCGCCGACUCAAGAAGGAUGUGCAGACCGACCUGCCGCCCAAAAUCAAAACCGACAUCACCAUUCCAGUAAGACAUUGCACAGACCACCACCCACCACCUCCUCCCAGACGCACAAUGGACGCCGCAAUCGACCGGCCUGCCGCGCAGGCCGAUAGCCGCGUGGUGAGUGAGGUGCAGCAGCUGCUGGCGGCCAAGGAUUGGAAGCGCAUGGCGGAGAGCUCGGGCAGCUCUGCCAGGACCCCAGCAUCAUCGAGGGGUACGCCAAGACGGCAGAGGCCAAGAUGGUCGCCGCGGGCCGGUACGUGGAGUAUCUGCUCGAGGCAAGCACUGAGGAGAAGGUAGACGACUCGCGGACACACGCACACACACACACACACGCACAGAGAGAGAGAGAGAGAGAUGUCUGUGUGGCGUUGUGUGUUUAUCAGUUGAUAGUGUUUGCGCAUCACGGCUCGAUGAUGGACUCCCUCGAGGACACGUUGGAGUUCACACUCUCGCCGGUAAGUGGGCGGUGCCUGUCAUACGCGCAGACGUGGAUGUGCGUGUUGCUCGCGCCAUAUCUCGAUGGGUGGAUGGGAUGCCAUCGGUGGAUGUGAUGUGCACACAGGCGGGCUUCAUUCGGAUCGACGGCUCAGAGCCGAUGGCCGAGCGUCAGGGCCUCGUCAAACGAUUCCAGGAGGACGACCAAUGCAGAGUGAGUGACUUACCGAACACACACACGCCGAGGUCGUGUGUAUCCGUGUGUGUGUGUGUGUGCCUGUGUGGUGCAGGUGGCGCUGUUGUCCAUCACGGCGACCGGCCAGGGCCUGAACCUGACCGCUGCGGGGACGAUAGUGUUUGCAGAGCUGUACUGGGUAUCCACCCAUCCAUCCAUCCGUCGACAUGCACAUGAUACUAGGAUCCACACAUCCAUCCCACAUAUCCGUCUGGCUGUGUGUGUUGGGGAUGCAUGUGAUGUGUUUAGGUGCCGGGUGUGAUGCAGCAGGCGGAGGAUAGAGCGCAUCACACCGGCGCCCCACACAAGUCCGUCAACGUCCACUACCUCAUCGCAGAGGUCAGUGCAGUGCACCACACACGCCAGCAACGCACCUCUCCCUCUUGCACCCACCGCAUGUUUGUGUGUCUCGGGCUGGCUGCGCAUCGAUCGCUCAGGGCACGGUGGACGGCCUCAUCAAGCGCAUACUCGACCGCAAAGUGCUCGACGGACGCGUACGCACACAACACACAUCACAUCCCACACAGAGACACCGGAAAAACGCGCCCCCGCAUUCAUUCAUUCAUGCGACCUUCCAUCCUCCCCUCCUUCUCGCUGUGUGUGUGUCAGUCCAUCCCCCCCCCUCAGAAAGACCUGCCCACCACAGCCACAGCGACAGCCGCAGCCACCCACACGAGGGCACCCCGGCGCACGGACGGCAUGACCCUCCGCGGCGGCAAGAGGGUGCGAUUCCAGCUCUACCUCGACGUCGGCGCAGGCUUGUCGGCAUCGGCAUCUGCAUCUGCCGCCGAUGAUUUCGAUCCGGCCACGGCGAUGGCCAUGGCGGUGGAGAGGGAGAGGGAGGGGGAAGAUGCAGAGGCGACGCAGCAGGCGACCAAGCGACCCCGGCACAAACGAUAGAAAUAUAGCUCAUCACGAUUUUCCGACUGACUGACUGAUAGAUGGAUGGAUGGGUGAGGGCAUGGCGUAGUCGGGGGCGGGGAGAGGGUCUGUCUGUCACGGCCAACUGGCCUUGCCGGCCAGCGGUGGUUAUGGUGGGAGCGGCUGGGGGGGCAGCUCGGUGCCCAUGGAUGGAUGGAUGGUAGCUACAUGACAUGACAUGAAUGUGGGUAGCAUUCACUGCAUUGCAGCGACACGUGUAUUUGACACAUCUUUGUUGUAGGGUGGGGGGGCUCGUGUGUGCAUACAGAACGAAUGAGCAUUUAUCCAUCGUCGUAUCUAAGAGCGGUUGUGUUGCGGGGGAGGUGAUAUGAACUAUUUUCGCUGGGAGUGUUAUGGCAACGAGAAGAGUAUUGC